UGCAAACGGUCACCCUAAAUAAAUAAAUGACAAUUUCAAGCGUAAAAUAAACCCUAUAAAGUCGAUGAAACGGUCGAUUUGUGAAUCGUGCACCCACCAGUAAGUGGGCAAACUGCGGCAGCCGACGAGACCGCCACCAGGAGCCUCGAAUCCCGUCCAGCAGUGGAUGGAGGAUCGCCAGACGAGCCGUGGAACUACAGCAACAAUUGUUAUUUUUCGCCCGUCGAUUUUCAGGGGGAGGGGGCUAGGAACAUCAGCCCCUUCGGUUUCUAAUUGAAUUAAAUAGAAGGGGCAGAGGCAAUUGCACCUAGGUCAGUCCAAUAAGACGCAGGCAGCAUAGCAAUGGUGUUUAUCCGGGAUCCCUGCGGCAUCGCUUGUCUGGUGGUCACCUACGGAGCAGUUCUCUACGCGGACUAUGUGGUCAUCCGCUGGAUCAUCCUGACCACCAUGCCGGGCAGCCUCUGGAUGUCCUUCCAUGUGGUGCUCUUCAAUACCGUCGUCUUCCUGCUGGCCAUGUCCCAUUCCAAGGCCGUGUUCUCCGAUCCAGGCACUGUGCCACUGCCCGCCAACCGUCUGGACUUCUCCGACCUGCACACCACCAACAAGAACAAUCCUCCGCCCGGAAAUGGACACAGCAGCGAGUGGACCGUGUGCACCCGCUGCGAAACUUAUAGGCCACCGCGUGCCCACCAUUGUCGCAUCUGCAAGCGGUGCAUCCGUCGCAUGGAUCACCACUGCCCGUGGAUCAACAACUGCGUGGGCGAGCGCAACCAGAAGUACUUCCUGCAGUUCCUCAUCUACGUGGCUCUGCUGUCGCUCUACUCCAUUGCCCUUAUCGUCGGUUCCUGGGUGUGGCCCUGCGAGGAGUGCAGCCAGAACGUGAUUGAAACCCAGUUGCGAAUGAUUCACUCGGUUAUCCUAAUGCUGGUUUCGGCGCUGUUCGGCCUGUUCGUUACGGCCAUCAUGGUGGACCAGCUGCACGCGAUUCUGUACGACGAGACGGCCGUGGAGGCGAUACAGCAGAAGGGCACCUACCGGCCCAACCGGCGCAAGUACCAGCUGCUGGCGGACGUGUUUGGACGCGGACACCCGGCGCUGUGGCUGCUGCCCUGCACUAGUUUGAACCACGCCUCCCGCUACCACGAUACGCCUCUUCUGAGCCACGAGGUCUAGGGUCAGGAAAUAUUCUUUAUAUUUUGUCCUUGCGUUUACUGUGCGGCUAAACGAGCCCAAGAGUGUUUUUAGUUUUUAAUCAAUGUGUGAUUUUUUAAACACCCCCUAUCCCCACCCACAGCCAGUCAAAUUGAAUCGUAUUUCGUAUUGUGUAUUAUAUGCAGAUUCCAACUUAAUUUAUGCUUUAGUUUAUAAUGUUUUAAAAUUAUAAAUAUAUAGAAAGCAGCGUCGCGGACAGCAGGAGCAUACUCAAAAUGAACACGGAUAUUUUAUAAGGAACUUUUGGCAGCUGCUUGUUUAAGAACACAUGCGUUGAUUAUUUCUACACCGAUGUGAAGGAACAUCAAUUAAUUCUUCGGCCACCCGGGGUAUUUUUUACCAGUAUCCAAGUAAGCAGCACAUUCUAGUUUGAGACGUAGAAAAAUCUCAACUGUAUACAAUACUACAUAGCUAGGAUUUAAGUCCUUAUAAAAGCAUUUACGAUAAACCCGAGAAUGACGCAAAUACCAAAAAUAAAACAGAGAUCAAACACUCAUCCAAAUCACUGUGCAGCAUUAGUUUGUAAUAAUUGUAAUCACUGUUUAGUUGUAGUUUAUUGUUCUUUUGACAUUUACGACCAUCGAGCAGCACUAACAAGAUUUUUAAUGUAACACCAACACCUCCGCAGUUUGUGUCCCUAGAACUGUUCCCAAUAAAGCUAACCGAUAUGCAUAAGUAAUCAA